CAGGGUUGGUUUCAUUUUCUUCGCCUUUCAGAUUAACUACUAAGGCACAUCUCUUUAGCCACCCCUCCGCAAGGACUGCAAUACCUUGAAUUUUUUAUCUUUCAAAUUCAUCUGCCCUGAAAACCACCAUAUGCUGGUCACACUCAGUCAUUUCUUUCUCCCAGCCUGAGGUGCAGGAGCCCAAUACCCAGCUGCAUUCUGCAGAGGGCAUUUUUAUCACCCUGCCCUCUCAUUUCAGAGGUGAGAUAACUCUGCACCUGUUCUCUGAAACCAGUGGCUCUGGCUGGUGGAUCAGCGUCUCCAGCCUGCUCCUGCCUUUGCACUAUCAGUAAGCUUGCCACCCCUCUUUUCAACCUCAUCUGCACUAUUAUCUUUUUCCCUCAGGAUACACACUUCUCUGACAUCUAAAAAAGAAGCCUUUCCUUUAGGAUACAUGCUCUUCUAGACAGUUAUCACUUGCCUUUCUCCUUCCCUUUCCACACAUUUCUAAAAACAGGCUUUCUCCUUUAGAACCCCAUUCUCUCUUUUUUUAUUUUAUUUUUAUUUUUUGAGACAGGGUCUUGUUCUGUUGUCCAGGCUGGAGCACAGUGGCACAAUCAUAACUCCCUGGUUAAAGCUAUCCUCCCACCUCAGCCUCUUGAGUAGCUGGGACCUCAGGCACAUGCCACCACACCCAGAUAAUUUGUUUUUAUUUUUUGUAGAAACAAGAUCUCAUUAUAUUGCCCAGGCUAGUCUCAAACUGCUGGGCUCAAGUGAUCCUCCUGCCUUGGCCUCCCGAAGUGCUCGAAUUAUAGGCAUGAGCCACCAUGCCCAGCAAGACCUCAUCUCCAAAAAAUAAAAAUAAAAAUAAAAAAAGAGUGUCUUCCUAUCUUGCUAUCUGCUUCCCUUUCCCUGCACCUGAUGGUAACCUGAUUCCUGCCACACAAACCACCCAAAGUGUUCCCACCAAAGUCAAACCCCAUAAUUCCUUUUCAUUUAUCUCACUUGAACCCUCAGCUGUGUUUAACUCUGCUGACCAUUCCUUGUCUUGAAAUAUUCUCUUUUGACUUUGAAAAUCUGUCACCUUAAUCAGUGGAAUGAAUAAACUAGUACCUUUAGGCCAUCCAGGAAUAGGAGAAAAGGAGGAAAGGCUCUGAGCUCAAGAAUGGGGCUUGCCCUUUUAGGGGUGUGGUGGUGAUCUACUAGAUAAAAGACUUAAGGUUUACCAGAUAGGCUUGGUGUGAUGGCUCACACCUAUAAUCCCAACAAUUUGGGAGGCUGAGGCAGAAGGAUCUCUUGGGCUCAAGAGUUUGAGACAAGCCUGGACAACUGAGGGAGACACCUCUCUCUCAAAAAAAAAAAAAUCUACUAAAGUUGUGAAAACUGAAUUCCUUCCUAGAGACGAGUUUUGUGGACUAGUGAUUCAAUGAAACGGGUGGGUGGAACUCAACCAUAAUGAUACAAAGAACUAUUUAUUCUUUUAUUGAAAAAAAGGGUGACUGGAGACUGGAUCACACUAUGGGAACUUGCUGAGAAUUUUGGAACUUCCUCUCUUGGGGUAUGAUAAGAAGUGAGGGAAUUGAAAUUCAAGUCACUUGAAUUUCCCUCAGUCUUCUAAAAUACCUGGUUUCCAACUUGCAUUCAUUUAACAAACUGGAAUCAAUGUUCCAUUAUUAAAUCAAUAUUACUUUUUAAUUUUAGUGUGACUUGUAGAAUGCAAUUUGAUACUUGAUUACACCCUAUGAUUCAUAGCUAUUAUUGGCUAUUUUGAUUGUUUCUUACUCCUAAUAUGUCCCCUAUCAAACUGCAAAUGCCUUGAGGUCAAAGGUCCUUUUUUGUCUAAUUAGCAUAGGACUGAACACUUGGAAGAUGCUAACAACAUUCCUCUGUUAAAUUUAAUAAGGAUUUUAACUUUCCAAGUUCAAUGGGUUUUGAAUGACUCCUGAAUAUAAUAUAUUAUGCUAGGUGUAGUGUAAUAGAGAAAACAUUUGUAUUACUUGCAUUUUACAAGCUGGAGGAGAAGCAAGAACACAAUACCUAGGGAAGAUUUAGAUUUAGUAAGAAAUCAGAACGUCCCAAUACCCCCUUGUAUAUGUUUUACCAAUCUAGAUUAAAAAAAAAAAAAAAAAAGCCAGAAUCCCAGGCAACAUAGGGAGCUAAUUUGAGUUCUUUUUAUAAUAAAUCCUAUAAAUCCUUGUAGUUUACUUCCUUAGGCCAGACACUCCAGAUGUUUUUGUGGAUAGCAGCUAGGUCUCCUGGGACCUUGGAUUGGGCCUUUCUCUAGUCAGGCAAAUAAUCUGAAAAGAAAACGAAAUCACAUGUAGUCCAGCACAUUUUUUCCUUUCUUGGUUUCUCCACCAGCUAGAGAGUUAUUUAAAGGCUCUGAACCUCUCCAGCCUUUGAUUCUUUUUAAGGAUCAUUUUAUUUUUAGAGAACUUUCCACAUUUCCUAGUUAAACAGCCAGACUGGGUGAUCUGGCCAGAAAAUCAUUUUCCCUUAAAAAAAAAAAGCUAAAAUUUGAACGCAGGCGUUGAAUUCGAAACAGAUUUAUCAUAACGUAAUUCCCUGGACACUCUCAACUUGAGACUGAAAGCUGGGCGAAAGCGGUUUCUGAAGCUAACCUAAAAGACAAAACGGUCUAGAGUCACCUUUUCCCCGCAAAUAACAGAGGAUUAAGAAUCUGAAAUCUUCAAGCCUCCAGGACCACGGUGCAAGCACUCAGCAAAAAUUUCUGCUGGAGGCCGGAGCGCCUUUUGAUUUCGGGAGACUGGCCCAGGAACUCUAGUCACUUGGAAGGCGGAAGAGAAGGUGGUACCUGAGCCAGGUAGGAGCCACUCAGAGGCAGCCCGGGGCCGCCACUCACCUAGGAGAGGAGGUGGAGUCCGAUGACCCGGACUGAGAGGAAACGCGAGACUGAGUCUACCAGGUGAGGUAAAAAACACCCACCUGCUCACCUCGGAAGGGGCGGGCGAGGUGCGGCUCCCGGUGACCCGCGGGGGUGCAGCGCACCUGGGCGGAGGCGGAACUUGGGGGGGGGGGGGUGGGCACUGCUCGUAGGGCCUGGAACUAAACUCACCUGUGACGGAGGCAGAGGAGGGGCCCGGGCAAAAACCCACCUGAGCUGGCGGGAAACCCGACCCGCGAGCAGUCCCCGGGCUUGCGCUGCGCGGAGAGGGAGGCGCCCCGCGGCGGGGCCCCCACUCGGUCAGCCCGCGCCUCGGUCCCCGCGCGGCCGCCAUGACCUGGAGCGCCACGGCCCGGGGCGCCCACCAGCCCGACAACACCGCCUUCACGCAGCAGCGCCUCCCCGCCUGGCAGCCGCUGCUGUCGGCCAGCAUCGCGCUGCCGCUCUUCUUCUGCGCGGGCCUGGCCUUCAUCGGCCUGGGCCUGGGCCUCUACUACUCCUCCAACGGCAUCAAGGAGCUGGAGUACGACUAUACAGGCGACCCGGGCACCGGCAACUGCUCGGUGUGCGCCGCGGCUGGCCAGGGCCGGGCGCUGCCGCCCCCCUGCUCGUGCGCCUGGUACUUCUCGCUGCCCGAGCUCUUCCAGGGCCCCGUGUACCUCUACUACGAGCUGACCAACUUCUACCAGAACAACCGGCGCUACGGCGUGUCCCGCGACGACGCGCAGCUGAGCGGACUCCCCAGCGCGCUGCGCCACCCUGUCAACGAGUGCGCCCCCUACCAGCGCAGCGCGGCCGGCCUGCCCAUCGCGCCCUGCGGCGCCAUCGCCAACAGCCUCUUCAACGACUCCUUCUCGCUUUGGCACCAGCGCCAGCCCGGCGGGCCCUACGUCGAGGUGCCGCUCGACCGCUCCGGCAUCGCCUGGUGGACCGACUACCACGUCAAGUUCCGCAACCCGCCGCUGGUCAACGGCAGCCUGGCGUUGGCCUUCCAGGGCACGGCGCCCCCGCCCAACUGGCGCCGGCCGGUCUACGAGCUCAGCCCCGACCCCAACAACACCGGCUUCAUCAAUCAGGACUUCGUGGUGUGGAUGCGCACGGCGGCGCUGCCCACGUUCCGCAAACUGUACGCGCGCAUCCGCCAGGGCAACUACUCGGCCGGGCUGCCGCGGGGCGCCUACCGCGUCAACAUCACCUACAACUACCCGGUGCGCGCGUUCGGCGGCCACAAGCUCCUCAUCUUCAGCAGCAUCUCGUGGAUGGGUGGCAAGAACCCCUUCCUGGGCAUCGCCUACCUGGUCGUCGGCUCCCUCUGCAUCCUCACCGGCUUUGUCAUGCUGGUCGUCUACAUUCGCUACCAGGACCAGGACGACGACGACGAGGAGUGAUUCCGGCUUUCCAGGGAUCCCUCCUGCUUCUUGCCAAAACUCUUACAAGGUGCUCUUGGCAUCUCCUCCUCGCCCUUCACCCAAUUCCAACCUCGCCUCGCUUUUCCUCCCUUUGUGAAUGAGGGGACCAGAUAAGGGAAUUACCCCCCUUGCUCUUGGGGGGCUGCUAGACUGCCUUGCCGAGGGGAGGGAUGUUGACUGCAGAGUGAAACAUCCUUGCAAACUCUUCCCACCUCCUUCACGACACUGAGUUGCCAUGUGAGGUUCUUCAAGUCUGAGAGUGGAAGGGAUCCCUAUGGAGACUCCUGUUAAACCCCUAUUAGAGGAAGAGAUUGAGAGACCUAGCAAUGUGAAGUAACAAAGAUCAGGCAGCUGCAAGUGACUCCUGAAUCUUGAGUCCAGAGCUUUCGCCACUACAGUACAGUGGUUUUCUUUUCUUUGGUGGGGGAGAGUGGGCUGGAAUGGAGAGUGAGGCCCACAAAUUACCUGCAGAGACGUGGAGGCGUGAGGGAGAACAUGCUUGUUAAAUAUGCAGGUAGAUUAGGAGACACCAAACAGAGAUUCAGACACAGUAAGGCUGGGAUGAGAUCCUCGAAGCUGUGUUUUAACAAACUCCACUGGAGAGUCCCAUAUUCCCUCAAAGUUGGGAAUCACGACCCUGAACCAGGUUGGGCCUGAAGCAGUCAACUGAAUUCACUUUUUCGGAUAGUAAUUUGUUCCCAGGGGCAGUGACAACCAUGAUGUUCCAGGUUUGGUCUGGCACUCUGCCUUGAACGUAGGAAGCUCUUGAUGAUUUGUGGAAUGAAUUUUUAAAAAAUUACUAUCUCGGGAAAACUAGUUGGCAUACAGAGUUGUAGGACAGGGUUUAUGUGAUUCAUUUGAUAUUUUAGUAUUUUGGUGUAAAAGCCAACAGGCAAACUUUGCCAGGUACUGUGUAGAAACUCGAAAAUGUGAGGCCAGUUUGUACAGUUCAGAGGAAAUGCUUUAACGUAGAAUCAGAUAGCUGGAAGAGAUCUUCGAGGGAAAGUAAGUUCCCUAAAGUCACAUCUAUGUCUCCUAGCUCAGUGUUCUUUGUCAUUGUGUGUAUGUGUGUGUGAUUAGAAAGGGCUUCAUUCAUACCUUUUCCCUUGGACCUGGAAAAAAAAUUUUUUUUAUCUUUUCAAAUGAAAUCUAUUGAUUUCUAGUAAUCAUAUUUGAAUCAAUGCUAAAGCAUAUAUAGUCUUAUAUGUAAACUAGAUUCUUAAGAUUAUUUGAACCUUUGAGAUGAAGUUAACACUCAACUAAAAUCAUUCCAUUGAUUUUAUUGAUUAACAUCAAUCAGUAUGUUUAAAGUUAUUCUAAGAAGCAAUAGUUUUAUUUUUAAAAACCUUGUAUAGCAAAAUAACUUAAAACCCUUUGUGAUAUCAUCUUACCAGUUUAUUUGGUAAAAGCAAACAGUUAUUUGGUAUUUGUCAGAAUUCUUCAGUGCCUGCUAUUACAGCUAUUUUCCAAUUACUAAUUUGAUUAUACUCACUCAAGGCAGUGCAAGAUCUUGAAGUACUUUUUAGCAGUUAAGUAAUAUUGAAUUGUAUUGAAUAGUUUACAUAGUUUAUUCUAGUCUUUGAAAAUUACUGAACAUGAACAAUGUGCAUGUCAUUGACAUCUGCCUUAGAACUUCUGGGACAAUCCUGAUUCGAGAGAUUCUAUCCCAUUAUUUACAUAUACCAAAAAUAAUUUGUUAAUUUAAUGUGUUGGCUUCCCAACUCCUGAACACGACACAAUUUUAUUAUUAGAUUUUCUAUGGUGAUUUUAGGCUAUGAAAACAUGAUCAUUAUAUGUAUAUAGAUACAUUUUUAUUUGUUACAAAUGUUUGAGCAGCUCACUAGCCCACCCCUCCUCUAUUCUGGGUAAGAGAAUUUACUACCUUUUUUAACUAUGUAGUUGAGAGCAACAUGUAUUUUGUUAUUUUUAGAAUGGUCAGUAUAUUGCUAUAAAAUUUUAAAUGAGACUAUGAAAGUUAAAGUAUUCUGAUUCUGGUUAAAUUAACGAAUAUGGUUCCAGGCCCUGUUCUCUGGGUUUUUGAGAGAGAAUAAAGGUUAUGUUUGUCUUA